AUGAAGACCCAGGACAUGUUGGAGGAGACCAUGAAGCCCCAGGUCAUGUUGGCGGAGACCAUGAAGCCACAGGUCAUGUUGGAGGAGACCAUGAAGCCCCAGGUCAUGUUGGAGGAGACCAUGAAGCCCCAGGUCAUGUUGGAGGAGACCAUGAAGCCCCAGGACAUGUUGGAGGAGACCAUGAAGACCCAGGACAUGUUGGCGGGACUGUGUCUGAGCUGUGUACCGCCGUGUUCCGUUGUGUACCUUUGUGUACCGCUGUGUCUCUGCUCCUGA